AUGGACACACAAAAUGUGAGUGAGGCCCACAUAGAAGGGAUCUGCCCAGCGGAUAAUGAGCAGUGUCUAAAGUUAGAGAAGGCAGCCAUAAAGAUUCAGUCAUGGUGGCGUGGCAACGUGGUACGCUGGACGUUACUGCAUGCAGCACUCAGGGCCUGGGUCAUCCAGUGCUGGUGGAGGUCGAUGCAGGCUAAGAUGCUGGAGCAAAGACGGCGCCUGGCACUAAGACUCUACACCUGCCAGGAGUGGGCAGUGGUGAAGGUGCAGGCACAGGUUCGAAUGUGGCAAGCCCGCAGACGGUUUCUCCAGGCACACCAAGCGGCCUGCAUCAUCCAGUCUCACUGGCGCUGGCAUGCCAGCCAAACCCGAGGCCUGAUCCAGGGCCGCUAUGAGGUCAGAGCCAGCCGGCUGGAGCUCGACAUUGAAAUCCUCAUGACCUAG